AUGAAGACUCAGCCAGGUGAAGGAGCCAAUAUUCUGGGUAUUUUUGGUACUCAUAGUCCUUCCCAUGUGAUCGUGCACAUGGCUGUGAUGAAAACCCUGGCGGAUCGGGGUCACAACAUAACCGUGGUGUCACUAUUAAAGCCAAAAUUUGCUGCCCAUGAAAAUAUCACCGUCAUUCUGGCACCACCAACUCCGGAGAGGGAAAAAUUUAUUAAGGAAUACAUGGCGGAGAUGUCCAAUGAGAAGCCAUCCCUGUGGAAGACCAUGGCCAAGGCUGUCUUUCAGGCGGGAUCCCAACUGGAAGGCCAAUAUGAAUUUAUUGAGCAUCCGAAUUUAAAGGAGAUCUACGAGAAUCCGCAAACCAAAUUCGACUUGGUAUUCCUGGGCGCAAUGGGCAAUGACUUUCAACUGGGAAUUGCUGCCAAGCUACGCUGUCCAGUCAUUAUCACCUGGGUUGGUGUGCCAUUGCCCUUUAUGGAUUCCAUUGUGGGUAAUGUGAAUGAUCCAUCGUACGUUCCCAGUGUAAAUGUGGCCCUUGAACCUGGACAAAGGACCAUGGGAUUUGGUCUGAGAUUUGGCAAUCUCUUGAAGCAUUCAUUCCUGAGCACUAUCAACAAGUUAUUGAACUACAAGAUGAAUCAGUUUUAUGAGCGUGCAUUUGGCAAUGAGUCGGACCCGGAGUUUCCCACUUACUAUGAGAUGAAACGUCGCGUAUCCUUGCUGUUCUAUAACUAUCAUUCUCCUAGCGAGGGACCCAUCAGACCCACUGUUCCGCAAUCCAUUGAAAUCGGUGGCAUCCAGGUGAAGGAGAAGCCCCAUCCAUUGCCACAAGAACUGUCGGAGUUUCUCGACAAUGCAAAUGAGGGAGCAAUUUUCUUUAGUUUGGGCACCAAUGUUGAUACCAACACCAUUCGGCCAGAAAUCGUGGAUACACUCUACAAAGUUUUCUCUAAAGUGCCCCAAAGAGUUGUGUGGAAGUGGGAAGAUCUGAAGAAAAAGCCGGGAAAUGCCUCCAAUAUAUAUUUCAGCAACUGGCUGCCGCAGGAUGACAUCUUGGCCCAUCCCAAGACGAGACUGUUUGUAACUCAUGCCGGCAAGGGUGGCGUGGCGGAGGCGCAGUUCCAUGGAGUGCCCAUGGUGGCAUUGCCACUCUUUGGAGAUCAACAGGGCAAUGCGGACAUAAUGGCCAGAUCUGGAUUUGGCCGAUGGUUGGAUAUUCUGACAGUAACGCCCGAGGAACUGGAAGAGAGCAUACUUGAUGUUUUGCACAACCCUGUGUAUCGGGAGACCAUUGGGAAUUUCUCUUCCCUGUACAGGGAUCGACCACUGACAGCCCGGGAAUCUGUGAUCUAUUGGACCGAAUAUGUCUUGCGACACCAAGGAGCAUAUCAUCUGCAAAGUCCCCUCAUUCACAUGGAUUUUGUGGCUCGCAAUAGUAUCGAUGUUUAUGGAGCAAUUUUGUUUCUUUUACUUGUUUCCUGCCUGCUACUCCUCGUCAUAUUCCGAUGGAUAUUUCGUAAGGCAUUUGGAGUUGUGCGCCGAAAGAAUUAUCGGAAAACAGUAAAGCCUGACAAGCUUAAACAUAAUUAA